UAACAUCCGGUGACGUCAUUUCCGCUCAGUGUUCAUCAAACAUGGCGCUGCUCUUAAGGACGGUGGCCCGUCAGGGUGUCUGCAUCUCCCGACCAACCUACAGUGUCCUCUACAGACAUGCUGCUCCAAUGGGAACCACGGCUAAGGAGGAGAUGAACAAGUUUUGGACCAAAAAUGCCAGACUAAACAGACCCGUGUCUCCUCAUAUCACCAUUUACAGGUGGUCUGUCCCAAUGAUGAUGUCCGUCACACACAGAGGAACUGGACUGGGGCUCAGUGGAGCUAUCUCAGCCUUCGCCUUGGCAGCAUUGGUAUUACCGGGAAGCUACCCAUACUACCUGGACUUGAUUCACUCUCUGUCCAUCGGCCCCUAUCUCAUUGGGUUGGCCAAGUUUGGCAUCGCCUUCCCUGUGUCUUACCACACCUACAACGGCAUCCGCCACUUGUGGUGGGACAUCGGCAAAGGCUUCAAAAUCCCAGAGGUCUACCGCACCGGCUACACAGUUAUUGGUCUGUCCAUCCUCACCUCCAUAGCCGUGGCUUGCCUCUGAGUGCAGCACAGGAAGAGAAGAGCAGAGAGGAGGGGAGGGGACUGAGGGGAGUGUGGACUGGAUGCACUAUGGGCAGUUUUGUGUAUAUGUUCUGGCCUACUGCAGGCCCUGUUUCAUCAAAAUAUUAAAUAAAAGAUUCUAUUAUGAUGUACA